AUGGCAUCUAGCUCACCAAGCUUCCUCGACCGAGUCUCGCCGACCCGACAGAAACCUCCCAUUCUGCCACUGUACACGUCCCGUCCGAAGCCUUCAGACGACUACGAUCUCGAUGAUCUGUCCCCCAGGCCCGAUGUAUCUCUGCUGUCAGAGUCGCCGCCGUUGCCAAUAAUGAUGUCGACAGCGCGCUCUCCUUCUCCCCUGGACCCAUGGGACGAUGACCCUUUUGGUCCGGCGGACACCUUCUCCAAGUUGAAGCCCAAGACUAUGUUUGCUGGCCCCCCACCACCCAUAACCGCCUCAGUAGUAUUACAGCCCUCCGCGGCGUCGGGGAGGCGGGGCCCUCGGAGACCAGUACGCCAGAACGAGGCAAAGGGGAUGUCUUCCAGCCGGCUAUCAUUUGGAAGCAUAAUGUUCGACCACAGCUCGCGCGACUCAAGCAAGUCCCGCGUUGACUCUGUCUGGCGGAAUCUACGACACCGAGAACGAGCUCUCCAUAGAGAGGUGCAGCGAUUGCUCGACAUACAAGCCACAAGACUAGGAUCUGGCGCUGAAACUCUCGACGCUAGCACUGGAGGGGCUGAGACGUGGAGCGAUUCUGGGAGUAGCACGCCGACGGGGACAUUCUAUUCUACAGCGACGUCCAAGUCUCGCAUGGUGGCAUCGUUAGACCCUCCGAUACGCGCGACUCCUCGCGGCGAUAUAAUACCUGUUCGACAACCCAAGGUACACGGUCAACAGGGCCUUCGCGCGGCACGGAGCGGACUGCGACAGGCCUUGGCAGCCCUCACCGGUCUCAAGACGGAAGAAAAUGCAUACAUCGAAUCGGCCCUCUCGCAACGAAAGAAAGCCCUCUCGUAUCUGGAUAAAUUGGACAAGCGCAGGGCUAGCAUUUCUGCCGAAUUGCAAAGUUUGGCUGACGAUGAGGAGGAGCCUCUGGCAAAGGAGCUCCGAACCUUGGGAGAACAGCAUGAUACUUUAGGGCAAGAAAUCCGCGAGCUAGAGGAGAAGCUCGUCGGGAUGAGAAAUCGCCACCGAUGGCUCGAGCGAAAGAUGGAAGAUGUCCACAACCGUCGUGAGGCUGGCUUGAGUGGCUACAGGGGUGCUUUGAAAGAAGUCGAAGGGGAGGUCACCUCCCUUCUACGCCGGCCUCCCAUCGAACCCUUGGAUCUUGAUGUUAUCGAAGCCGUAUCGCGGAAUGAAACUGGAAGUGGCAACGAUGUCCAAGACUUACCCAGCGGGGCUGAGUUCUUCCGCAUGAUACCCACGCGACGCACACUCAGCAUGGCCAAGGACUGGUGGGAAAGCGAAAUGGACUUCCUCCACAAGCGAAAGGCGCAGGUGGACAAGGACCGCGAUGCGCUUGACCAAGGCACGGAGUUGUGGCAGGAAACGGUCAAACUCGUCACGACUUUCGAGGCGGAUUUGCGCCAGUCCCUAAGCGGCGGUGCUUCUUUGGCCAAGGGCAAACAGACCCCGCGAGCACAACAAGAGGGCGUCGAGGCUCUCUUGCCGCGGAUGGCCCAGGUCAUCUUGGAGCUUGAAGCAAACAUGAGAUUGGCUGAACAAAACAGCUGGAACCUUCUAAUAUGUGCCGUCGGCGCUGAACUCGAGGCGUUCCGAGAUGCCGCAAGUCUCCUUCGAGGAAGUUUACCAAAGCAUCAGGUAGCGGCGGCAAAAGUUGACGAUAUCGAAGAACCCUGGCACAAUGGCGAUGACCAAGAAGAGCAGAUGCUGCAAAAGAAUGUAGCCACAGCUACGACUCAAGGUCAUCAAGGGGAGAGCGACAAUGAGGUCCCGCCGGACUUGCUGGUGUCACAUCUGGAAGAGCAUCUGGAAGAGCAUGAUGAUGACCAUUCCAACGUCGGGUCUAUACGGACGUCGUCUUCGAGGCGUGAUAGUGACAAUGAGGUCCCCCCAGAGUUCCUCGCGGAGCACAGUAACGAUGAGGGUAUAGACUGA